GAAGUCAUCUUAAUAACAGUCGCAAGCUAAAAAAAAAUAGUUAAUAUCUACACUUAAAAUAAUGAAUCGCAUUCUCGAGAAGGUGAUUCACCAGAAUGGAACAAUCGUGGAUCGCAUUCUAUCGGAACAUACUAUUGGGUAUGUGGUGUCCGAUAACACAGCCAAUGCGGUGGCCGAAACAUCCUUCGAUAACACAAGUGCCCAGGCGAUCCUGAAGCACUUACAUGGACUCCUGGUGAGCACCUGCCAAAGCGUAGUCCGGGACAUUGACCCGUCCAACAAACUCUGCUUCAUGCGCCUGGGCACUCGCAAGUUCGAGUAUCUGGUGGCCCCAGAGGAGUACUUCACCAUUACAGUGGUUCAAUGAAAUGACAAUACUGACUAAUGCUACAAACGAUUCAUGCGAGUUGAACGAUUCCGGAAGAAAUACAAAGUUAUUGCUGCAAAACCUAAAAUUAAACUAGAAAUUUUAGAAACAAUUUCCUACAACUGGGUCAAGUUUUUAGGAAAUUGGUUCCUAAAAUCUGUAAAAUGUAAUGUUACGAAGACAGCAGAAAAAUAUCAAACAAAAAUAUAAGAUGAUAUUAGCGAAUU